UCCUAAUUAAAAAUGAGACUCAAACAGAGUAGUAGCUCCAUAAACACCCCCUCUUUCUCUCUCUAAAUUCUCUAUUCUUCGUGGUUUUAUCUCUCUACCCUGCCUGCAGAAAGAAUGGGGAAGCAAAAGGUAGUGAUCGGUAUCUCUAUGAAGGACCAGAAGGCUCGUACCAAGGCCUUCAAGAUUGCCGUCAGCGUGCCAGGGGUUGAAUCGGCAUCUAUCCAACUGGAUAAGGGGCAGUUAGAGGUGGUGGGCGACUUCGACUCGGUGGUUCUGGCGAACCAAUUGAGGAAGAGCUUGGGGCAAGCGGAGCUAGUGAGUGUGACUUCCGCCGAGAAAAAGGAAGAGAAAAAGGAAGAGAAGAAGGAGGAGAAGAAGAAAGACGAGGUCCAACCACCAACAAUUGUCACAGUCUUUCAGGAUCCUUCUCACUUUCCUUACCCCCCUCACUACGUUUACCCAACUCAUGAUUACCAAUCCGUGUGCUCUAUUAUGUAAACUCUCACCAUCCAUUUUAUGUCGGAUUAGAAUAAUCAGAUCAGAUGAUGAAAUCCAUCAUUAGUCGCAUCAAAACAAGCUUGCAUAUUUCAUGCAUACUUUCAAAUUGCGAUUUUCCUGAUCGAUCUCAAAAAACAAAACCAAAAAAAAAAAAGUGUGUAUAAAAAGAGUUACGUUGUUUGGACUUUGGAACAACUUUUGGGUUUUAGUAUCAUAGUAUGAUUAAAUGAUUAUAUGUGUCGAGGUUUGGUUUUCAAUUGAGUGAUUAGAAAGCUGGGAUUGCCUUCUUUCUCUCUCCUCUUUGGAUGUAAAUUAAAAGUCAAGUCAAUACAUGGGGCAGUUGAUGAUGUUA